AGAUGUUCAAGCUGUGGCGUUUCUACAUUGUAUGUAGUCUGCUCAUCCAGGCUCAUUGUCUUGCUGGUGCUGGAGAAACUGGAAGCAAGGGGGCUGUACUUCGAGUGUCUAGAGGAGCCUUAAAUAAUGCUGUCUCAGGCCAAAUGAAAGGAAGAAAUUCCCAGAACAACUUGAACAUGCCAGCAAUGGGUAGUGGUGGUGGUGACCUUGUUGGAGGUUUGGUUGGUGGGCUGUUAGGUGGAGGAGGAGGAGGAGGACUUUUAGGUGGUGUUUUGGGAGGUGGAAAUGGAGGUGGUCUAUUAGGUGGUGUGCUUGGUGGAGGAGAGGGUGGUGGAGGUGGCCUCCUUGGAGGACUUCUUGGUGGAGGUGGGGGAGGAGGACUUCUUGGUGGAGGUGGGGGAGGAGGACUUCUAGGAGGUAUUCUGGGGGGUUCUGGUGGUGGUGGGCUCCUUGGAGGUGGUGGCAAUGCUCCAGAUAACGCGGGUCCUCACAUUAAUGGUGGCAUCCUAGGAAAUGGAGGAUUACUGGGUGGAUUGCUUGGAGGAGGAGGACUUCUUGGAAUUCUUGGCAAUGGAGGAAUUCUAAGCACAGUACAGGGUAUUACUGGCCUACGAAUUAUAGACCUUACUCUUCCACGAAUCUCUUUGCAUCUUUUGCCUGGUAUUGGAGUGCACCUUAACCUUUACACCAAAGUGGGAAUUAAUGGUAAUAGUCUCUUAGGAUUUCUGGAUAUCUUGGUGGAAGUAAAUAUCACAGCAAGAGCCAGAUUGACACAGGAGUCAUCAGGAGUUCCACGUUUAGUUAUUGAAGAUUGCCAGGCACUACUUGGAGGAAUAAACAUAAGAUUAUUAAGAGGAUUGCUAUCAGGAAUCUUGGAUGGGCUUGUCAGUAAUCUUCUUCGAAACAUUUUACCAGGAGUGUUAUGUCCAGUGGUGAAUGUUGUGCUUGACUUGACCAAUGGCCUUCUUCUCACUGUCAACUCAAUGGUCCCCCUUGGUUUAAUUGGCAGUAUCCAGUACACAGUGUCAAGUCUUCCUAUAGUAACCGGGCAGUUUAUUGAGCUGGAUUUAAAUACGGUAGUGAGUCAGCUGGGUGGUGGACUCAUUGAUUAUCCACUUGGAAAUACUGAACAAAUUUCUUUGCCACCAAUGAAGGAUGUAUCUGAGUCCCAACUUGGUCUUUCUGCCAAUUUCUUGGGUUGUGUUUUGACUGCUCUGCAAAGAGAAGGUCUGAUGGAUCUUGAGCUAGCAAAUGGGGACGUGCCUGGGAUUCCACCCCUUACAACAACGGUCAUGGGUGCUGUCAUUCCAAAGGUUGCUGCUAUGUAUAAAGAGGAAAGGCCAUUAAUAUUGAAGGUCUCUGUUCCUAAUGCUCCAGUUGUGAAGCUGCAGAAUAAACGUGCCACUGUGACAUUAUUGGUCAAAACAGAAAUAGUAGUGUCCAAUGCAGACUCCUCACAAACCUCCCUAUGUGUACUAGGUGUUGAUGUACAUUUAGGAGCAAUGUUCUCUGUUUUUGGGGAUAAACUGAAGAUCUCAAUGUCUGUUGACAGCACUAAGGUUUCUAUAAUAUCUUCUACAGUUGGGCGAUUCGAAGUUUCCACAUUAGAGGGAUUGGUUGGUAACAUUAUCAAUCUUGCCUUUCUGCCCGCAGUUAAUACUGUUGUAGGGAACGGAAUACCUCUACCAAAGCUGAUGGACAUAGACUUUAAUAAUGCAGACAUUGACAUUUUGGAUAAUCUUGUGGUACUGAAUGCAUAAAAAGCUAGGAAUAGAGAUAAUUGCUUUGUUAUUAUAUGAAGAUGGACAUGCAUCAUCCAUGGAAAACUAAAAUACUAGGAGGAACAUGCCCAUGUCUCUCAGUGAAAGAUCAGUGACUUUAUGAUAAUGCCUGCAAU